AUAGCAGGGAUGUUUUAGACCCCACCCAGAACGUCAAAAAGCCCAACCCAAGGCCCAGCCCUUGCACUGCACGGCCUUGACUAUAAAACCCAUAGAUCAGCGUCUUCGCACACACUAGGGCUUGCAGAGGAGCGAAAACCCUACUGCGCGAUAGUCUCAUCCUCUUCGCGGCAGCCAUGGUGAAUGUUCCAAAGACAAAGAAGACAUACUGCAAAAGCAAGGAAUGUCGGAAACAUACCUUGCAUAAGGUGACCCAAUACAAAAAGGGGAAGGAUAGCUUGGCUGCACAAGGAAAGCGGAGAUAUGACCGCAAACAAUCAGGUUAUGGAGGACAAACCAAACCAGUCUUCCAUAAGAAGGCUAAAACUACAAAGAAGAUUGUGCUGAGGUUGCAAUGCCAAGCCUGCAAACACGUAUCCCAACAUCCAAUUAAGAGAUGUAAGCAUUUUGAGAUUGGAGGUGACAAGAAGGGGAAGGGAACUUCUCUGUUUUAAUGAUGAAGCUAGAAAGCAGCGUCCUGGUCCUGCUGUGUCCUGGUCCUAUUGCUAGCUUUUUUUUUUUUUUUUUACCUCCUUACUUGAAAACUGGAGUGCAACUCAUCAUCUAUGUUUUAUUCAGAUACUUGGUAGUUUAAUGUUGUUAUUGAUUGUGUCAUCACUAGAAAUUUUGAAUGUUUUCAUUUAAUCAUGCUUGCAUUUACAUUUCUUCAAAUAAA